UGUGUGUCUGGCAGCACUUGAGGGCGGCUGCAUAGCCUUGCGUGUCCUGUGCGCGCGUGCUGGGUCCGGCGCCGAGUCCCGCCGCGGACGAGUGUGUUCAUCUGCGGCGUCCGUGCGUGCGAGCCUCAGAGGGGGCUGGCGGGUGUGCUAUGGGGCGGCGGGAGCAGGAGCAGGCCGAGGGUCCUCAGGCAAAGAAAUCUGGCCUCGGAACCCGCUAGCCUCCACUCAGCUUCCAAUAUCCCAACCGGCAGCCGAGAGCCGGGGGGACUCUGCUCGGAAAUCGUCCUGGCCCAACUCAGCCCCUCUGAGCUCUCGAAGAUUACCGCAUCUUCUUCCUAACGCAGAGAAGUGAGCCGGGAAAGGGAAGGAAGGGGCGGGGACACCCCCCAAAAUAAAUAAAUAAAUAAACAAACUGGCUCCUCGACACAGCUGGACACGGUCGGUUGAGUCCAGGUUGGGUCAGACCUGAACCCCUAAAAGCGGAACCGCCUCCCACCCUCGCGCCGGCCGCCCGCGGGGAGCUGAGUCGCCGGCGGCGUUGGUGGCGGACGGACCCGGGAGUUUCCUCUCGCACUGGAUGGAGCUGAACUUUGGGCGGCCAGAGCAGCGCGGCCGUCCGGGGAUUGCUGUAUGCUGAGCUCCCUAGUCGAUACCCAGCCGCGGCUCGGGAUUUUUUGGGGGGCGGGGACCAGCUGUGCGCCGGCACCAUGUUCCUGGCGACCUUGUACUUCGCGCUGCCGCUCCUGGACGUGCUGCUGUCGGCCGAGGUGAGCGGCGGGGACCGCCUGGACUGUGUGAAAGCCAGCGACCAGUGCCUCAAGGAGCAGAGCUGCAGCACCAAGUACCGCACGCUGAGGCAGUGCGUGGCGGGCAAGGAGACCAACUUCAGCCUGACGUCCGGUCUGGAGGCCAAGGACGAGUGCCGCAGUGCCAUGGAGGCCCUCAAGCAGAAGUCGCUCUACAACUGCCGCUGCAAGCGGGGUAUGAAGAAGGAGAAGAACUGCCUGCGCAUCUACUGGAGCAUGUACCAGAGCCUGCAGGGAAAUGAUCUGCUUGAAGAUUCCCCUUAUGAGCCAGUUAACAGCAGAUUGUCUGAUAUAUUCCGGGUGGUCCCAUUCAUACCAGAUAUGUUCCAGCAAGUGGAGCCCGUGCCCAAGGGGAACAACUGCCUGGACGCCGCCAAGGCCUGUAACCUCGACGACACCUGCAAGAAGUACCGGUCCGCCUACAUCACCCCGUGCACCACCAGCAUGUCCAACGAGGUUUGCAACCGGCGCAAGUGCCACAAGGCCCUGCGGCAGUUCUUUGACAAGGUCCCCGCCAAGCACAGCUACGGGAUGCUCUUCUGCUCCUGCCGGGACAUCGCGUGCACCGAGCGGCGGCGGCAGACCAUCGUGCCCGUGUGCUCCUACGAGGAGAGGGAGAAGCCCAACUGCCUGAAUUUGCAGGACUCCUGCAAGACGAAUUACAUCUGCAGAUCUCGCCUUGCGGAUUUUUUUACCAACUGCCAACCCGAGUCGAGGUCCGCCAGCAGCUGUCUGAAGGAAAACUAUGCCGACUGCCUCCUCGCGUACUCAGGGCUUAUUGGUACAGUCAUGACCCCCAACUACAUAGACUCCAGCAGCCUCAGCGUGGCCCCGUGGUGUGACUGCAGCAACAGUGGGAACGCUAUAGAAGAGUGCCUGAAAUUUUUGAACUUCUUCAAGGACAAUACUUGUCUCAAAAAUGCAAUUCAAGCCUUUGGCAAUGGUUCUGAUGUGACCGUGUGGCAGCCAGCCCUCCCAGUUCAGACCACCACUGCCACCACCACCACAGCCUUCCGGGCCAAGAACAAGCCCCUGGGGCCAGCAGGGUCCGAGAAUGAAAUCCCCACUCACGUUUUACCACCUUGUGCAAAUUUGCAGGCCCAGAAGCUGAAAUCCAAUAUGUCGGGCAGUACACACCUCUGUCUUUCUGAUCGUGAUUAUGAAAAGAAUGGUCUCGCUGGUCCUUCCAGCCACAUAACCACAAAAUCAAUGGCUGCUCCUCCACGCUGCAAUCUGAGCCCACUGCUGGUUCUGGUGGUCACCACCCUGUCCACCUUAUUAUCUUUGUCUUUGGCAGAAACAUCGUAGCUGCAUUUGAACAACAAUAUGGACAUGUAAAAAGACAAAAACCAAGCUGUUUCCUGUCCUCUUGUGUAUCUGAAAUUCCAGUUUUAGGAGCCCAGUUGAGAUACUGAGAAAACAGUUUCAUCCAACUGGAACUUUAUCUUUUGUUUCUUCUUCUUUUUUUUUUUUUCUUUUUUUGUUUUUGUUUUUGUUUUUGUUUUUU